CGUCUCACAGCAUCAUCCUUUGGCAUCCCGCAUUCUCAGCCGCAUCCCUCUUCUGAGCAUAUCCGUGAAUAUCAAUGGUGUCCUCUGCCUCGCUACUGCUGACAGUACUCACCAUCGGCUUGGUCCUGUUUGACUACCCGUCGCUCUUCGUGACUGCCCACGGUGCCCGGAUCCGGCACCGUGUCAGCUCCAAGAGCGCCCACCGCCAUGCACACGCCAGACUUGCAAUGAAACAGACGACCAGGGGCCCCCCAUGCUCCAUCGAAUUCGAGGCUGAGGUACGGACGGCAUUCGGUCGGCCUGUCGCACUGCAAAUGUGUGCUCAUGUGUGAGGCAGAUACAGAACGUCACUGCGCCGAAGGACCCGAAACAGAACGAGAUGAAGAUCAACUGGUACCCGUCGAAGUGGUACGCGUCGGAGUUCAGCACUGUCGCCGGUACGCUCUGGCUGAGACGAAACUUGCAGUGUGUGUCAGCGGUCUAUUGUGGGGCCGGCUGGCUGAGUGCAGACCCUAGCCAUUGGGUGUUCGAGGCAUGCGACUCCAGCAAGGGUGAGGUCUGCAUCAUGCGAAAGUUGGUGAUCUUGCCAAAGCUUGCCGAAGCGUUCAAAAUCGAAGCCACGGGACAGGGCCAGUGCCUGCCGUUCGCUACUUACGGGAAAUACUGUGUGGAUCAAAAGAAACAGCCCCUGGACAACGCCUUCUACUGCCUCCGAGGGGGGUUCGACAUGGUCAGUCAUGCCGGCGGGGAUGAGUAAGAAACAAUUAAGGGGCCGGGUGGCUGCUUUUCUUGCAUGUUGGGUUGCAGCCCGUCAAGCUUCACAACAAGGUCAAGAAGGACCAAAGCCUCGCGAGCAUCUUAAAGUCGGCCAAGGUGGGGCCCCUGUUCACGAGCUUCAUUCUUCCCGACACCGACGAUUGGGGCAAGGACAAGGGCAAGACCGUCCUCAACUACUUCAAAGCAGAGCCUCGCACAGACAAGACCAAGAAAUGAAGAAACAUGCCACCAGAGGCCGGUGGACAGGCAGCAGGCAGGCAAGGAGAGAGAGAGAGAGAGAGAGAGAGAGAUUUGCCCGAGAUUUGCCCGUGUGGACGCAUGGCAUGGAUGGAGUAAUACGCGGUUGACAGCGACUGACCUGUCUCUGGUCACACAUGGCCCGCCCGAAAAAGUCAAUUCAUCAGUCAAGACAGCCUGACAAAUGGGUAUCUAUAGUGUUGCUCUAUCGCUACUAUGUCGUCCGUCCAUUCCACACAAGUGGGUAUGUACAACGUUGACAAGCACCCUGGAUGGCUGCAUACAUGGCGUCGAAAAAACACUGGC